GCUAGAUUGUGUUACUCCCGCGGUACAGUUUACUUAAGCCGGAAGUAAUUAGCCUACUAGGCGCGAAAUUCAAGCGUGGCUGUGACGGUGGUGAGGAGAUGCGCCUUGAUAAUCCCAAGCAUGGCAACGUUGUUUGACGAGAUCAGCCAGCAGCUGGACUUCACUAGCUGUGGAGAGGAGGGGACGAGCAGCGGCAACAGCUCCGACGACUGCGCCCCGAUGGUCCACAGUCCCCGGCUCCACAGUCCCCGGCUCCAAAGUCCCCGGCUCCACAGUCCCAGGCUCCACAGUCCCAGGCUCCACAGUCCCAGCUCUGCCUGCAGAACGCCCAGGGUGCAACGCCAACGCAGUAGAAGCAACACCUUGUGUUCCCCCUUGCAGUGCACAAGUCCUAUACCUUACGCAGCCUUGAAUAAACUGAGGCUCUGCGACUCUCCCAGCACACCCAAGAGUCUUCUGUCAAAGUCGUCCCAGCCGUGCUCCAGCACCAAGACAGGCCGCCCUAAGCGAACUUUGUGUUUCGCCUCAGCUCGUGUUAACUUCAUCCAGGCACCUUCUGUCAAUGUGAAUCCUUUCACGCCUGAAACCGUGCGCAGGAGCAGCGAGCAGCAGUGGAAGAACCGUUGUAGGAGUGAUAACGAUCAGGAUUAUGGACGCAGGUUGAAACACAGCCUAACGUCAUCUGAGGAGGAUGAUGACGCCUUUCUUCCUCCUAAGAGACGAGCUGUCCAAUCCCUCAUGCUGUCGCGCUACGAAAGCGAGUUCCUGGAGCUGGAGUGUAUUGGUGUGGGGGAGUUCGGGGCAGUUUACAAGUGUGUGAAGAGGCUGGAUGGUUGCUUGUACGCCAUAAAGCGCUCUCGCCAACCCCUGGCAGGCUCUACCAAUGAGCAGCUCGCCCUAAAGGAAGUGUAUGCACAUGCAGUACUUGGGCACCACCCACAUGUUGUUCGGUAUUAUUCAGCAUGGGCAGAGGACGAUCACAUGAUCAUUCAGAACGAGUACUGUGAUGGUGGAAGCCUCAGUGACGUCAUUGCGACAAGGAAGAUGCACGAUGAGAUAUUUUCAGAGGCCGAGUUGAAGGAUCUGCUCUUACAAGUGUCCAUGGGUUUAAAAUACAUCCACAGCUCCGGCCUCGUCCACCUGGACAUCAAACCUAGUAAUAUAUUCAUUUGUCAGCGCCCCAGUGCAAGUGCAGCGGGUGAAGGGGAGAGUGAAGAGGAAGAUGACCGAAGCACUUCAGCGGGAGUCAUUUACAAAAUUGGGGAUCUGGGCCAUGUGACCUCUAGCAGCAGUCCUCAAGUUGAGGAAGGGGACAGCCGCUUUCUGGCCACAGAGGUCCUGCACGAGGACUACAGUCACCUGCCGAGGGCCGACAUCUUUGCUCUUGGCCUUACAAUUCUGAGGGCCGCCGGUGCGCCGCCUCUGCCUCAAAAUGGAGACGAGUGGCACAGACUCAGAGAGGGAAAGCUCCCCAAACUGCCAAAGGAGCUGUCUCCUCCUUUCAGAGGCCUGCUUCAGUUGUUGCUGGAUCCUGACCUGACAAAGCGGCCGUCUGCCAGAGAACUCUGCAAGCACGCCGUCCUGCGGGAUGAUCUGACCGGGAGGGUCGCCGCUCGGCUGCGUAGAGAGCUUAAUGUAGAGAAGUUCAGGACAGCCAUGCUUGAAAAGGAGCUGCAGGAAGCUCGUCAGGCAGCUUUAUCGCCAAACCAGUACCACUGUCCUGGGCUGAAAUCUGCUAAGAUGGGGUCUUUACCCAAAGCUGGAAGGAGGCUUGUUGGUGGGAAGACGCUGCGGUCCAUGAGCUUCGGAUACUCUGUAAAUGGAGACUGAUGUGACUUGAUGACGCCCACAUGCUUGCCCUUUGCUCGGGUGAUACGCGAGUCCUUCUGCAAAUGGGCUGUGGUUAAAAUGCACAAAGUCUUUCAGAGGGCCAAAUUGCAACACGCAAUAAAGAUUUGGGGGGGGGGGGAACUGGACAUAAUUGGAUUGAAAGCUCUAAGUGUGAUGCAGAGGUUAAUUUUCAAAGGAUCUGACAAACUUUUUUUGUGCCAGAAGUGAGAUUUAACUGUGGCAGUUUAAUGUUUUUUUUUUUAACUGUAAAUAAAACUUUUAACCAUUUUAUCAGCUGGCUUUUACUUUUUAACUUAUUUUCGUCUAACACUAUGUAAUCCAAACGGCCCGUUAAAUAGACUGUUGGACUGAGUCACACAGGGACUUUCCACUGACUCUUUAUCUAGAAGUGCAGACCGCUGCAUUACUAGAGGUGGCCUUGGUAGUCGCUAUAAGCCUUUCCACUGCCUACUCAGUGAGGCAAGAGUGGGGUGGUGGAUUUGUUAUUCGUGAUGUUCUGCCCUACUUAUAAAAAACUUUAAAAAAAAAACACUGGCAUGUAAGUAACUAUCUGUACUAUAAAUUAGUUCAAAAGCUGUCCUGGAGACUAUACAAACACUGGAUCUUGCAGAGUUUGUUUUUGGUUGGAUACAUUACCUUUAAUAAAUCCUACGUUUU